UAUACGGAGUACCACUUAUAAACUCUUUGAACUCACCAACAAGAGUUGGCUCAAGUGAUAAAUAGCUUGAUGCCGCUUAAGAAAGAGGUCUCGAGUUCGAACCUCACCGAAUGCUAAAAAAAUUCUUGUUAGGAGACUCAGCUACCAUAAGCCAGGUGUGCAACUCGGGUCGGAUCCGAAUAUAGUCGGAAUUAAGCUCUGAUGAACCGGGUGGGACAAACUCCAAAAAAAAAAAAAAAAAAAAAAAAAAAAAAAAAAAAAAAAAAACCUCUUUGAAUUCAUAUUAGUAUAUUACACAUAAUACUCACAAUUCGUACAACAUGAACAUCUACUUAUCUACUUGCUGAUAACGUGGACCCUUCCAAUGCUCACAACUCGUACAACAUGAACCAACUGAAUUUUAUUGCAAAAAAUUCAUGUCUGGACUUGAUGAAAGAGAAAUGGCGUUGCUGAACACUUCCUUCUUCAACACCAAAACCCGCCAAAUUCUUUUUCACCAUCAUCUUCAUCAUAUUAAACCCUUAAAUUCUGUACAAUUUCCUCAAUUUCCCAAUACCCAUUUGUCUAAUCACCUCAGAAAUCCCAGCUUAAGAUGUUUUUCUCAAAAACAAAGCCAAUCCACCCAAAAAUCACUCAUAAAGGAAGAAGAAGAAUUGGGAAAAGGAGUUGAAAAGUAUGAAUUUGAGAGGUUGUUCUCAAAUCUUAAUCAAGCCACUUUGAAGCAUGAACCUGGUAGCCUUAGCAGUUCAAUCUUCCUAGUGGCAGGAACUACGAUUGGUGCAGGGAUUUUAGCAAUUCCAGCUGUGACACAAGAAUCAGGGUUUCUUGCCUCUGCGGUGGCGUGCAUUGGUUGUUGGGUGUAUAUGGUUGCAACUGGCUUGCUAAUUGCUGAAGUUAAUGUAAAUACAAUGUGCGAGUUGGAUUCUGGGGGCGUCUCUUUGGUGUCAAUGGCAAAGAGAACAGUGGGUUCAGUGGGAGUCCAAGUUGCUUGCUGGUCAUACAUUUUUAUACAUUACGCUCUCCUUGUUGCCUACAUAGCACGGUCAUCAGAUAUAUUGACAAAUUACCUUGGUAUUCCACUAUGGGAAAGUGCGGGAUUGUUUUCACUGGCUUUUGGAGGAUUAUGUUACUUUGGAAGCCAACGUAUCAUUGGUGCUGUUAAUGGACUGUUAGUGUUGGGGAUCAUUACUGCAUUUACAGCUUUAGUGGUUGUCGCUAGUGCAGACCUACAUCUUGAUGCUCUUUUGAAGGCCAAUUUUGAAGCUGUGCCUUCAAGUAUACCUGUCAUAGCACUUGCGUAUGUCUAUCAUAACGUGGUUCCUGUCCUUUGCACAAACUUGGAGGGUGACCUGUCAAAAGUAAGGACAGCAGUUGUCGUAGGAACCGCUAUUCCCCUGCUUCUAUUUCUUGUUUGGAAUGGAGUAAUUCUUGGUACAUUCACUAAUCUAGAUUCAGAUGUUGGGAAGAUUCUUGAUCCAUUACAAGAACUGAGAUCAAGCAAUGGAGUUGUUGGGCCAAUAGUCGAUACCUUUUCAAUUUUUGCUAUUGGAACAUCAUACAUUGGAUUUGUUCUGGGACUUGCCGACUUUUUAGCUGAUUUGCUGAAACUCCCAGCUGGACAAAGCAAACCACUUCCAUAUUUGAUUACUUUGCUCCCACCAUUGGUGCUUGCACUGUUAGACCCCGAAAUUUUUUUCAAGGCUUUGGAUUUUGCUGGAACAUAUGGUGUAUUGAUGCUUUUCGGAAUUCUUCCCGCAGCAAUGUCUUGGUCAGACCGAUACUUGACUUCGCCAGAGCUCCCAAAAGUGCCCCAGCAGGUUCCCGGAGGAAAAGUUACACUUUUCCUAGUGAUGGGUGGCGCUGCAUGGGUCAUUUCAUCAGAAUUAUUGAACACUUUCAAUCACUCGAGAAGUUUGUGAUAUGCUCCAAUAAAAGAAGGCGCGGACGGAAAUUGAAACAAAAGGCUUUGAGACUUAGGCUAGAAUAACAAGAAGCUGUUUGAAGUAGAGGAUGUUUAGAACUCAGAUUGUCCGUCAGUAAAAACUGCACAUACUAAACCUUCAUCAGUAUCGACAUAUAAUUAACGAACAUUUUACCAUUAUACUCCGUAAUAAUCAUGUUAAUUAAGGUUAAUAUUUCUGCAAUAAUGUUUAGCUCUUUGAGCCUGUUGGUAUGCACAAUUUUCAUUUCAAUGAAAUGGUGGAUAUAUUUGAUGUAAA